CCAUCCAGCCCCCACCCUGUGCCCUCAAAGCUAAAAGGGUCCCACUCUUCCACUCUCCCCACAUUGUCACAGUGGACUGUCCUUUUAUUUCUUUCACUUCAGCUUCUGACAAAACAACACAAAAUGUCAGACAACGAAGAAGUUGAGGAAUACGAGGAGCAGGAGGCGGAAGAGGAAGUGAUUGAAGAAGGGGAGGAGGAGGAGGUGGCAGAGGAGGUGGAAGAGGUGCAGGAGGAGGAGGUUGAGGAGGAGACUGCGGCGGAGGCAGAUGCAGAGGGAGAAGCAGAGGAGGCGGGGGAGGAGGAGGCACAACAGGAGCCUGAGGCAGAUGAGGAACAGGAGGAUGGAGAAGAAGAGGUGAAACCAAAAUUCAAGCCUUUCAUGAUGCCCAAUCUGGUGCCUCCCAAGAUUCCAGAUGGAGAGAAGGUCGACUUUGAUGACAUCCACCGUAAGCGCAUGGAGAAAGACCUGAUUGAGCUGCAGACGCUGAUUGAGGCCCACUUUGAGAGCCGCAACAAGGAGGAGGAAGAGCUGGUCAACCUGACGGACAGGAUCGAGAAGCGCCGGUCGGAGAGGGCCGAGCAGCAGCGUGUGCGCAGUGAGCGUGACAAAGAGAGGCAGAGGCGCAUGGAGGAGGAAAGGACGAGAAAAGAGGAGGAGGAGCAGAGGAAGAGAGCAGAGGAAGAUGCCAAGAAAAAGAAAACUCUCACCAGCCUGCACUUUGGCGGUUACAUGGCGAGAACAGACAAGCGAACAGGAAAGAAACAGACGGAGAGGGAGAAGAAGAAGAAGAUCCUGAAUGAGCGCCGCAAGGCCCUGGAUGUUGACAGCAUGAAUGAGAACAGCCUCAGGGAAAAGGCUAAGGAGCUGUGGAACUGGAUGUUUGAGUUGGAGGCUGAGAAAUUUGAUCUCCGGUAUCAGUUCGAACAGCAGAAGUACGAAAUCACUGUGUUGAGGAACCGAGUAAGCGACCAUAUGAAAACGUCAAAGAGGACCAAGAGAGGCCUGAGGAAGUAGAGGGCACUGUGAUCGUGCAUGGCAGGCCUUCAAAGACACAACACCUACCCUCCCCACAUCAUCUCACUUUUCCUCACUUUCAAGCCUUUGGCCAGAGAUAUAAAAGUCCAAGUAGAAGUACGCUCACAGUGUAUCUUAUUCUUGAGAUACAUUGGAAUAAUUGAUGUAUAAACUAUGUAAGAUCAUGUACUAGUGCAGGGAUUCUUAACCAAAGCUGGGCCGUGCUUAGAAACUUGAGGCCCGCGGAAAAGUUUCAACCUCGCACUGGAGGGCCGCGAGGGCCGUGCAACUGUAUGCAUUAUCAAAUAAAGAUGUUGAAGACAGCAUGUGUCUUUUUACUGUCGCGCAAUUCUGCUGCUUAAAUGACCACGCACUGCUGUUUUUUGGUGGUGGAAGACGUUAGAGACAAGACGGCAAUACACUUGCCCGAAUGGACAAUGGGAAACUACCAAACGGUGUGACGUGUAAUUUGCAGACGUCUUCUAUCCUCACGUUUGGUUACAAAAAUGAUUGAAACGUUACUCAAAAUGAUUCUGUUUACUGAAAGCAAAACCGUUAUCCUUGUGUCCGCCAAAAUACAUUCAUUUAAAGAACUUUGCAUGAUAUUAUGCAACAAUGCUUUCCAUUUUUGAUACCUUGCCAUGAGGAGUUUCUGUUCUCGUUUCGCAUCUGCACAUCAAGUAAAUGCGUCUUGAAUCAACCGUCAGAAGAUACAUCACAAAUCGCAAACAGAGCUGUCACAAAUGUCAGAGAGGCAUUCAAAUAAGAUAAGAUAAGAUAAACUUAAAUUGUUUUUAUGUAUGAAUGGCUCUGGCCUGAUGCACUCUGAGUGGAUUUUUAUUAGCAUUGAAUUUUGCCACUUAACACCGAAAAAAAUGGGCCUCAAUUUCAAAAAGGUUAAGAAUCCCUGUACUAGUGUAGUGAUGACAUAAGUAAGAUUACUUCUACUUCCACUGUAGUAGGGAUGUACUGUACAGAAUCCUGGUUUUUAAGGUUCUGAAGAAUAUCGAAUCCACUGCCUACGAUUUUGCUGAACUGAAACCGAAUACUGAAUCCUAUUCCGAUCACCGAAACUGAAACCAAACCCUGUCAACAAGGCCAAAUUUGUCCGAUUCCAAAAACGAAUCUUGGAUUCAGUAAGCUACAUCUCUACUUCAUAAACCUCUGCCUUUUGCCCCCUGAAGUCCCUGAAAUGUGUAACUUGUAGCUUGCACACCGCUUCUGUGUCUUCCAUAAAGUAUGCUUGUAAAAUAAA